GGCGUGGCCGCGCGCGCCUUAAAGCCGGUUCGGCCGCGCCGCCCGCCACACGUCCGCACGUCGCCAUGGCUCUGCCGGUCACCGUCCUCGCCAGGGGCUUCGCCUCCUCCGCGGCCGCCGCCGCAGCCAUCAAACAUGUGACGAUCGUGGGCGGCGGCCUCAUGGGCUCCGGCAUCGCGCAGGUGUCUGCCCAACAUGAAAAUCAAGUUACUCUUGUGGAUGUGAGUGAAGACGUGCUGAAAAAGUCUAGGCAAAAUAUUGAAACUAGCCUGAAGAGAGUUGCCAAGAAAAUGUUCAAGGAUGAUACAGCGAAAGGAGAACAAUUAAUCUCAGAAACACUGAGCAGAAUACAAACAAACGUUGAUCUAAAAUCUGCCGUUCAGAAGGCAGAUUUAGUUCUAGAAGCAGUAGUAGAGAAAAUAGAAGUUAAGCAUGAACUGUUCUCAUUAAUUGACAAUGUUGCACCAGAAAGCACAAUCUUUGCAUCAAACACAUCAUCCUUAUUAAUAGGUGAUAUAGCCUCUGUCUCCAAACGAAAAGACAGAUUUGCAGGACUGCAUUUCUUCAAUCCAGUUCCUGUAAUGAAACUUUUGGAGGUUGUAAGAAUUCCAGAAACUUCAGACGAAACAUACAACAAACUGAUUGAGUGGGGUGCUGCUAUAGGGAAGACCACAGUGACAUGCAAAGAUACUCCGGGUUUCAUUGUCAAUAGAUUGUUGAUUCCCUAUAGUAGUGAAGCAAUUCGCAUGCUGGAAAGAGGGGACGCUACUGCCCGAGACAUAGACACAGCAAUGAAGCUGGGAGCUGGCUACCCCAUGGGCCCCAUUGAGCUGGCUGACUACACAGGUCUGGAUACAGGACAUUACAUCAGACAAGCAUGGGCCAAGAAAUUCCCAGGUAACCCACUUUUUGAACCCAGCAAACUUGUGGAGAAACUUGUGUCGGAAGGUAAAUUGGGCAGAAAGACUGGAGAAGGCUUCUACAAAUAUUAAAUUGCUCAUAAAUGCAUUUUCAAUAAGCAAUGUUAACUAUUGUAAUGUCAAUUAAUAUUAAUAAUUUUGUACAGUUUCUCUGUAAAUAAAAAGUAUGAAACAUUUGUUUAUGAGGUCUCAACAAUAAUUUAUGACUUUUUUUCUUCACUUCCUUAAAAAUUGUGGAACUUUAAGCCCUGUUAGGUUAACACAGUUUUGCUUUCAGAACUUGAAUGUAAAUUUCAAGACUGAAUAGUUCCUAAAUAUGAAAAUACAUAUACAUUUUGAAUUCAUAUCUGCUUUAUUGAAUAUUUUUUUGAAACCAAGUCACAAAAAUAGCUAAAUUUUGUAAAAAUGCUCACUGACAAUAUGGUGACCCAAAGAAAAGUGAACUGGAUGACUAAAUAUAUUUUCAAAAAAUAAUUUGCAUAACUUAAGUUAAAAUAAUUUGUAUGAUUAAACUCACAGUUGAACAUAAUCACUUUUUUAUAUAAACUAGGUAGGCCCAAAAUAUUCUAAUUGUAAUCCAGAAUACUAUUAUUCUUAUUUUUCAUCUAAAAUAAAUAGUGUGAAUAUCUCACAAAUUUAACCUAAAUUACUUCAUAUUUCAAUUUUGCAUUUCAAAGAAAAGAUUUUUUUGAAGCAGCAAGGAAUAAUUUUGCAGUACUAUAGCAAACAAACCAAGAUAAAAUGAAGAAUAAUAUAUUUGUGAUGAAGUCACAAACAAUAAAAUGCAUUACAAAAGACCCUGUACAUUAUUCCUCGGUAACCCAAAUAGUUAAAUUACAUUCUGACACUUCUUAAAACUUUUAAAAGGUUAAAAAAUUUGUAUCUUAAUAAAUGCAAUAGUUUUAGGGAAAUGGAACUUUUCAUCACAUCUUAACCACCAUUUAAUAAAACUGAAGUUACUAAAGAUCCAAAAUUUGAAUAUUCGCCACUAAAUAUUUGCUAAUAAUUAAAUGUUAAAAAACACCCUUCAAAAAUAACAAAAUUAAUUUUCCCAGUUAACAAUAAUGUGUUGUGCAGCAAAAGGAAAUUACUUGUGGAACUACUCAAUGCCAAAGAAUACAUAACUUACAAAGAAAAAAAGAAGAGAAAACUAAUGAAUAACAGAAACAUCAGGGCCAUUCCAAAAUUUUUAAGCAUUAACAGUACUUCUCUUUUCAGGUGUUCAAACUUCCAAAUCUUGGUACUGAUCUUUGUUUAUAUUAAAGCAGAAAGAAGAUUUGCUCUAGGUUAAUUAAAACUAAAUGUUCAAAAAUACUUCAUUUUCAUUUAUAACAUAUCCUAUAUUUCGUAUCCCAUAGGCAGUGCCAGUGACUUUUAAAGAAAAUAAAU